AUGAAGGUGCUGAGCUCGCUGUUCCUGGCCGCCGUGGCGCUCGCCCCGUGCCACGCGCUGACCAGCGACCCGCCCGCGUCCGUGAGCGCCUCGGAGCGGCAGACGUGGGAGGCCUUCGUGGACUACGCGCUGGACUACGAGAAGAGCUACCGGUCCGACGCCAACGACCAGGCGCUCGUGCAGCACAGGUUCCGCGCCUUCGCCACCAACCUGCAGCGCAUCGAGGCGCACAACGCCGCGUUCGAGCGCGGCGAGUUCAGCUUCACGCUGGGGCUCAACGACCUCGCGGACCUCUCGGACGCCGAGUACAAGCAGCUGCUGAGCUACCGCGCGCGCGACUCGAAGGGCGCCUCCGAGACGUUCUCCGUGAGCCCCGAGGACGUCAAGGACCUGCCCGACAGCUGGGACUGGCGCCAGCACGGCGCCGUCACGCCCGUGAAGAACCAGGGCCAGUGCGGCUCGUGCUGGGCCUUCUCGGCCGUGGCCGCCAUGGAGAGCGCGUACCAGCUGAGCACCGGCAAGCUCGAGUCUUUCUCGGAGCAGGAGCUCGUGGACUGCACGCUUGGAGGCGUGGACGACUGCAGCCACGGCGGAGAGAUGAGCGAGGGCUACGAGGAGAUCAUCAAGCACCACGGCGGCAAGAUCGACCGCGAGGAGGACUACGAGUACACGGCCGAGUCCAGGGGCGUGUGCAACGCCAAGGACGACAAGGCCAUCGGCCACUUCACGGCGUACGCCAACGUGACGUCCGGGGACGAGGCGGCGCUGCAGGCCGCCAUCACCACCAAGGGCGUGCAGGCCGUGGCCAUCGACGCCAGCAGCUUCACCUUCCAGUUGUACCGCCACGGCGUGUACAGCUGGCCGCUGUGCGGCAACGCGCCCGACGCGCUGGACCACGGCGUGGCGGCGGCCGGCUACGGCGUCUACAAGAAGAAGGACUUCUGGCUCGUCAAGAACUCGUGGGGCGACUCGUGGGGCAUGAAGGGCUACAUCAUGAUGAGCCGCAACAAGGACAACCAGUGCGGCAUCGCCACGGACGCGUCAUACCCGAUUAUGACCAAGGAGGACGUCGCGAUGGAGCCCCGCCCCGUCGUCGUGGAGGAGACCACCGAGGUGGCCAGCAUCAUGUAAGAGACCCGCGACAAGUGGAUCUUGUUGCCAGGCCGCUGCUUGUAAGGGUCGAAGGCCAACCGACGGCCAGACGCUGUUAUGAAUGCACGCAAUGUAUCGCCAUGCUGCU